CCCCACACACACACCCGCACUGCAUGCGGCGUCCUAGCUAAUCAGUCGCUGCUGGCAGCCUCACAAGUCACACAACUCCGACGCAGGAAAGCUCGAUCCAUCGCCAUGGGCGGCUUCUCCAUGGAUCAGUCCUUCGUGCAGGCCCCCGAGCACCGCCCCAAGCCCACCGUCACCGAGGCCACGGGCAUCCCGCUCAUCGACCUCUCGCCACUCACCGGCGGUGGCGGCGGCGACGCGGCCGCCGUGGACGCGCUGGCCGCCGAGGUGGGCGCGGCGAGCCGGGACUGGGGCUUCUUCGUGGUGGUGGGGCACGGUGUGCCGGCGGAGACCGUGGCGCGCGCCACGGAGGCGCAGCGCGCGUUCUUCGCCCUGCCGGCGGAGCGGAAAGCCGCCGUGCGGAGGAGCGAGGCGGAGCCGCUCGGGUACUACGAGUCGGAGCACACCAAGAACGUCAGGGACUGGAAGGAGGUGUACGACCUCGUCCCGGGCGGGCUUCAGCCGCCGAUAGCCGUGGCCGACGGCGAGGUCGUGUUCGAAAACAAGUGGCCCGAAGACCUGCCGGGAUUCAGAGAGGCGUUGGAGGAGUACAUGCAAGCGAUGGAAGAGCUGGCAUUCAAGAUACUGGAGCUGAUCGCCCGGAGCCUGAACCUGAGGCCUGACAGACUGCACGGCUUCUUCAAGGACCAGACCACCUUCAUCCGGCUCAACCACUACCCUCCCUGCCCGAGCCCCGACCUCGCCCUCGGCGUCGGCCGGCACAAGGACGCCGGAGCACUGACCAUCCUCUACCAGGACGACGUCGGCGGGCUCGACGUCCGGCGCCGUUCCGACGGCGAUUGGGUCCGCGUCAAGCCUGUCCCCGACUCCUUCAUCAUCAACGUCGGCGACCUCAUCCAGGUUUGGAGCAACGACAGGUACGAGAGCGCGGAGCACCGGGUUACGGUGAACUCGGCCAAGGAGAGGUUCUCCAGGCCCUACUUCUUCAACCCGGCGGGCUACACCAUGGUGGAGCCGGUGGAGGAGCUGGUGAGCGAGGAGGACCCGCCCCGGUACGACGCCUACAACUGGGGCAACUUCUUCAGCACCAGGAAGAACAGCAACUUCAAGAAGCUGAGCGUGGAGAACAUCCAGAUCGCGCAUUUCAAGAGGAGCGUCGCCGCCUAGGAUACGCACAGAAAGAUCCCAUAUGCUGACUUGCUGAUGAGGCGACAGGCGGCCGUGUCGUCUUCAGAUUCAGAGACUGGGAGUAAACAUUUGUGCGGUGUUCUGUAAUCGUGAUGUGACGAGAACUUUAGAUAUAUGUUUGGAAAUAACAGCCUUGUGUUGGUCUGGCUUAUCCGCAAAGUCAAGAUUUUCUUCUACAUUUUGGGAUUAUUGUUGGUAAGCAUUAAGCAACGUCCAGUUCUUACUUCUUAGCUCGAUCAGUGGACGUAGGACCGGCCUCUGAUGACAAGGGUGAUUUAUGAGAAAUGUCAUGUAUAUAUGUUCCUUUUUAGUCU